GAUUACGGCUUUUCAUUGGUUGUUAGAAGGACCACGUGAACGUACUGAGAAGAAGGCACGCGAUGAAGGCGCACAAGAAAGGCACAGUCAGCUGCCUAACGUCCGGUUGGCUAGUUCGAAGCCAGCUCGUUCUUAUCAAGGUAGACGCGCGUAAGAAGCAGGCACCAACAUGGCGGACGAUGAGAGGAAGCGUCUUGAGGAUGAAAAGAAGAGGAAACAGGCGGAGACCGAUAGGAAGAGGGCUGAGGUCCGAGCCCGCCUCGAAGAGGCUUCCAAAGCUAAGAAGGCUAAGAAAGGUUUCAUGACCCCUGACAGGAAGAAGAAACUCAGGCUCUUGUUGCGUAAAAAAGCUGCGGAAGAAUUGAAAAAGGAGCAAGAAAGAAAAGCCGCUGAAAGAAGACGUAUCAUCGAGGAACGUUGUGGAAAACCAAGGAACGUCGAUGAUGCUAACGAAGCCAACGUCAAGUCCAUACUGAUCCAGUAUCAUAAGAGGAUCAACGUUCUCGAGGGGGAGAAGUACGACCUUGAAUACGAAGUUGCCAAGAAGGAUUUUGAGAUCGCUGACUUGAACAGCCAGGUGAAUGACCUUCGAGGUAAAUUCAUGAAGCCAACUCUGAAGAAGGUUUCGAAAUACGAGAACAAAUUCGCCAAACUUCAAAAGAAAGCGGCCGAAUUCAACUUCCGUAAUCAAUUGAAACAAGUCAAGAAGAAGGAGUUCACUCUCGAGGAGGAGGACAAAGAGAAUGCGUCAAAAGAUAAGAAAAAACCUGACUGGUCGAAGAAGGGCGACGAGAAGAAGGAACCCGAAGCUCCACCUCCACCUCCAGCGGAAGCUCCUAAGAAACCGGAACCUGCACCCGCUCCUGCACCAGCACCAGAACCUGCACCAGCGCCACCUGCUGAACCACCAGCACCCACACCUGAACCUGCUCCUCCAGCGGCUGCUCCACCACCUGAAACUGCUCCGCCAGCUGAAGGUGCUCCACCAGCUGAAGGUGCACCACCACCACCUGCCGAAGGAGCUGCUCCACCUCCAGCUGAAGGUGCACCACCUUCAGCCGAAGGAGCACCACCAGCUACCGAAGGUGCACCACCAGCCGAAGGAGCACCACCAGCCGAAGGAGCACCACCUGCAGCUGCCCCAGCUGAAGGAGCUCCACCAGCAGAAGGUGCUCCUGCUCCAGCUCCUCCCGCUGAAGGUGCACCACCAGCGGAAGGAGCACCACCAGCUCCAGCUCCAACGACCGAAGGUGCAGCUCCUCCGGCAGAACCAGCAGCAGCAGCGGCUCCAACGGAUGCAGCUCCAGCAGCAGCACCACCCGCGGAUGCUUCAGCCACACCAGCGGCAGCUCCACCAGCUGAUGCUGCAGCACCAGCUGCACCGGCACCAGCUGAUGCCGCCGCACCACCAGCGGCAGCUCCACCAGCAGAAGCUCCACCUGCGCCAGCGCCUACUGAAACUAAUCUUGUUUUGAUUUUGAGAGUUACAAUCGUCAUCAGAGGAACAAUUUCAUCAACAAAUAGAGCUAAGUACAUCACGAAUGCACCUGCCUCGUAAUUUCGUCGAGACGGUCAGCGAAGGACGAAGAUUUAAUCUUCGUUGACCACAGCGAACACAUCGGCACUAUUCUUCUUUUAUCGCCAUUGACUGUCAUCGUCGUCGUCGACGCCAUUGUUCGUCGUGAUCAUCCUUGUGAAGAAGACAUGAACGAAAAGGAAGGAGCGUCUUAUCGCCGACUACGAUAUCACUGUAACGAAUGUCAUGUCCUUAGCAAACGAAAACAUUCUAUACGAUUUACAAUUUACCUUAAACGGUCGUAGCGUUCGUUAAAAUUCUUCUAUGCGAAAUAGAAACAAAUCGUAUCGAAUGUUACACAUGAGAAUUUUUGUGCCGUUAGCUUUGUAAAUAAUUCACGGCACGUUCGUCUACGCGAAAGUUCCGCGCGUAGAUAUACAUACAUACAUACAUACAUACAUACAUACA